AUGCAUACAGACUCGGCAUCCUACUUUUCCAAGCUGAAGUUCUUGGCCGUCGCGGGCGUGGGUCUUUUCGGUGAUGGAUACUUGAACAUCAGCAUUGGGCUUGUCGUUCCAAUGCUCGGCUACCUCUACUUCGAGGAUAACAAGAACAAGAUCCCUACCAUUUCCGGAGACUUGAUCAAAGCGGGCCUUGCCAUCGGUAUGGUCUGCGGCCAGCUAGGCUUCGGAAUUUUUGGUGAUGCUCUCGGACGCCACAGGAUCUAUGGGAAAGAACUUAUCGUCACAAUCUUCGGUACAUUGAUGGUCAUUCUGAUGCCUUGGGGCCAUAUUUCUCACCAAGAUGUGGUUGCCUGGAUGACGGUUUUUCGCAUUGUGACCGGCUUCGGUAUUGGUGGAGACUAUCCGAUGACUUCCUCUUUGUCUGCAGAGCACACUCCCAUGGGAUCUCGUGCAAGACUCGUUACGACGGUCUUUUCCUGCAUCGGCACCGGGAGCAUGACCUCAAGCAUUGUCUAUUUGGUCCUUCUGGCUGCAUUCAAGUCCUCAAUCAACGAGAACAUCUAUCACCUCCAAUGGGUUUGGCGACUGCUCUUUGGACUUGGCCUCAUCCCUCUGGCCAUUACGCUCUAUUACCGCUUGACCAUGCCGGAGAGUAAGCCAUACGAACAAUACGUGGCGAAGGAGACUUCUUUGAAGCACAACGGCCAACGUGGUCUUCAUCAACAAUGGCAUGACUUCCGAGAAUAUUUCUCGGAUUGGAAGCACGCCAAAGUCCUCUUCGGUGUCAGUGCGGCAUGGUUUCUCUUUGACAUUGCAUUCUACGGAGUCAACCUCAAUCAAAGCAUUGUCCUAUCCAAGAUCGGCUUUGGGUCAGCCGACACACCAUGGGGCACUCUGUGGAACACAGCCGUGGGCAACAUCAUCGUUUCUUCUGCAGGAUACCUCCCCGGCUUCUACAUUGGAAUCUUCUUGCCCGACCUCGUUGGGCGAAUCAACCAACAAUUCUGGUGCAGCGUGGUGGUUACCAUUCUCUACGCCAUUUGGGCCGGCGUCACAAACCACACUUCCACUGGUGGGCUGGUCACACUCUUCACUUUGUCUCAACUCGUGCUGAACAUGGGCCCAAACACGACCACCUUCCUCCUACCUGUCGAGGUCUUCCCGACCCGCGUUCGAGGUACCGCCCACGGCAUCGCCGCAGCUUCUGGAAAACUCGGUGCCAUCGUCACGGCCUUUGCAUUCGGUUCGCUCACGGAUGCCAUCGGUCUUCCCGGCGUUCUCGGUUUCCUCUCCGGCAUCAUGGCGCUGUGUGCUGCAGUGACCUUGCUGAUCCCCGAGACCAAGGGCCGCAGCCUUGACGAGAUUGAGCGAGGAGUUCUUUACGGCCAGGAUACCAGUGUCGAGGGUAUUCAGACCUCCAGCGCCGUCUCGUCCCCCGAAUUGGAAGGCAAGGACAAGGUGUUCGCCAAAAGUGCCGAGGCAUAGCAUGGUUCAACGGACGGAUACGGAGUACCUUGGGACAAAUGGUUGCUACAGACGGUGGUUUCCCGAAUACAUGAUGGUGGCUUCGCAAGAUGACU